AUACUUUAAAAUUUAAUCUAUUCUGUACAUAACAAUAUUGAGUUAUCAACUAUAAAUAAAAUUAAUCUUAUUCAUACAGUAACAUUGAACGACAUCUCUCUUUAGAAACAUAAAAUAAUUACAUUUGAAAAUUGCGAUUAUAUAAUCGUACAAAGUAAUGCGACUAUCGAAUGAACAAAAGUCAGUAGUGCAGUAACUGCUAUACUCAUAAAAUGGCGAAGAUAUUAAAGGUAGGCCAAUUUGGCCAUACUUUUACUCGAGGUAUGGAAGAAUAUGUAAAAACAGUAGAACAACGUAUUCAUCAUGUUUCAGACGGUACUAUAAAAUUAUAUAAAUUUAUCACUUUUUUUGUCGCUUUUCCUAUAAUUGGACUUACAAUGGCUAAUUGUUAUUUGAAACAUAAAGAAGAACAUUCAAAACCGCCCCCAAAAUUUGUUCAUUAUCCUUAUUUAAAAAUCAUGAAUAAGCCUUUUCCAUGGGGAGAUGGUAAACAUUCAUUGUUUCAUAAUCCUAGAAUAAAUUACAUACCUGGAAUUGGUUAUGAAGAACAACAUUAGAAGAAUUAAUAUUUAGUAUUUACAUGUAUUUAACUUGUAAUGCUUGGCAAUAAAAUAAAUAAAUAAAUAGAA